AUAAAUCACCUCUCCAAGAAAAGAAUCUGUGACACUGUAUCAGUCCAGAAAUUUCUUCACUUCGCUGUGAAGUUCAUCGUCAAAUCCUGAGGCGGUCAAUGCAUUUGAGGUAAGCCACUUACUUAUCGCCAUUUUGUUUUCCCCCCAUUACGACAGUUUCUAUUUGGUUCCUGAGAAACUGCCGCGAAAAUCUAGUGCUCUUUGUCUCAUUUCUCAGUUUGCUGAACCUACGAGAACAUGCAUAAAUGUUCGACUGUUUUUUUUUUUCUUGCCGAUUUUUUCAAUGUUGUGGUGUAUUCUGACACGUGGUGAUUUGAUCGCUCGACUUUUUCCUCGGAUUUUGGUGCGAGUAAACAGGAUUUGGAAUAAUUUUUCUUUUGUCGAAUCGGAUUUAUGUCCAUUGGCUUUGAUAUUUUAUCGUAAAUGUAUUAAACUUUUGUUCUGUGAUUUUCGAGAUCAUGCACAUCUUGUUGUGAAUGUAUGAUUCGAUUAUAUUUGGAUUUCUGGAUUCGCAUUAAGCUGUGUGAUCCUAUUUUGUUGGAUGUGGACUUGUGAUCGAUCAAGGAACAAAAGAUGAAGAUCUUAUCUUAGCGAGCAUUAGCAAGUAAGAUAUUUGCUUGUGCCGUUCGUCGUUCAUUUGCCUUUAUUUGUUCGUCUAUACCAAAUUUAUACGAAUCCUAUUAUUUUAUUCUAUUGCAUCCAUUGAUUUUGGUCUUUUCUCAUAGGAAUGUUGCGAUAACAGUGUAAGCACUACAUGGAUGAGUUUUUGCUUCAAAUCGUGUUAUUUUCUCUCUUACUGUAACAAUUGUUGGUCGUAUUUAAGACAAUAUGUAAGAAGACAAGUACCAGAAGUGAUGAGAUAGAGGGAAAAUGUGGAAUGUUAUGGAUUUCUUUCUUUUCUGGAACAUCGAACCCCAUUGUACUAACUAGUAACUAUGUAUAUAGUAAGUUUCUUCAGUUCUGAAGUUUGCAAGGAACGACGGUAGAGUAAUGUAGGACGAAAGGAGUAAAGAAACUUAAAAACCAAAUUAUUUUACCUGGAGAAAUAACUACGUGUGAAUCAAGAAAUGCUGUGUGAUUCUAUCCUCCUUCCCAUGGCAGGAUUUUUGUCUCUGACAAUAAGUGAAUUGAGAUGAAUAUUAUGAGGAAAAGGGAGUAAUUACCUUUGAGGUUGGUGGAAUCAACAAUGGCACUUAAUGCUGCUUCACCAGGCAUUAGCUCUGGACUGAUACGGCAUUUAUUACUUUCUUGCUCCAUUCUUUCUUUUCGUGAGGUUUUGUAUAUUUUCAGUUCUUGAUCUUGUAUAAUCUUUUAUAUGUACUUUCCAUUCUAAUUUAAUUGUUUAGUUUCAUACAGAGCAUUUUAGAGGAAAUUAUCCACAGCUAAAUGAUUCUGUAUUAGAACCAUAUCACUCUCACGAACCACAACUGUAUUCCAACGGGCACUACCUCGCUGAAAAGAGACCCACUAAUCUCUGGUGAUAGUGGGAAUACGUUUGUUCUGGAUAUUGUGAAUGAUUCAAAGAGGGUAUGGAAGUCAAGGAUGUUGAAAUGAGGGAUCGCACCCUAACCCCAGCUAGGCUGUUCAGGGGUCUGUUGUGCUUACUGGUGCUUCUUUUAACAGCAUUUAUGAUGUUAGUAUUCUAUGGUUUUAUCAGUGCCAUUUUUGUUCGAGUAUUCAGCAUACAUUAUAGUCGAAAAGCUACUUCCUUCUUCUUUGGUUCUUGGUUAGCUGUGUGGCCUUUUCUGUUUGAGAAAAUUAACAAAACGAAAGUUAUUUUUUCUGGAGAAAUGGUCCCAGCAAGGGAGCGUGUCUUGAUUAUUGCAAACCAUAGAACAGAAGUUGAUUGGAUGUACCUGUGGGAUCUUGCAAUACGAAAAGGACAACUAGGGUACAUAAAGUAUAUACUCAAGAGCAGUUUGAUGAAGCUACCAGUAUUUGGCUGGGGAUUUCACAUAUUAGAGUUCAUCUCUGUGGAAAGAAAAUGGGAGGUUGAUGAAUCAACAAUGCGCCAAAUGCUUUCAACUUUCAAGGAUUACCAUGAUCCCUUAUGGCUUGCCCUUUUCCCUGAAGGCACAGAUUUCACUGAACAGAAGUGCAUUCGAAGUCAAAAGUAUGCAGCCGAAAAUGGUUUGCCCAUCUUGAAAAACCUGUUGCUUCCCAAAACAAAGGGCUUCCAUACGUGCGUACAGGAUUUGAGGAAAUGUCUAGAUGCAGUUUAUGAUGUGACCAUCGGUUACAAACAUCGGUGCCCCUCUUUAUUGGACAAUGUCUUUGGUUUAGAACCUUCUGAAGUUCAUAUACACAUCCAACGCAUUCCUCUUGACAACAUUCCAACUACAGAAAAUGAAGUUGCCAAUUGGCUAAUGGACACAUUCAGCAAUAAGGACCAAUUACUCGACAAAUUUCAUUCUCAAGGUCAUUUUCCCCAUGAAGGAACUGAAGGGGAUCUCUCAACCAUGAAGUGUCUUGUUUCCAUCACCACUCUAAUGGUCCUAACCUCCUUAUCUACAUACUUAACCUUUUUUUCAUCCAUCUGGUUCAAAAUCUAUGUAUUAUUCGCCUGUUCCUAUCUGGCCUUCGCUACCCGAUUCAACAUCCGACCAAUGCCAAUUUUCCACCGUAAAAAAUCGUAUUGAAACUUGAUCGAAGGGAGCGGAUGUGUAGUAUUAAAAAAUGUAUUACAAAACUAUAUAGACUACAGUUUAAAUUAUGUAAUAUCAAAGGAUGUUAUCUUCAAUUUUGCAUUAGUAGACCUCUCUUUCUUUACUAUAUGGAAAAAUAAUUCUGGCA